CGUGAUGCUAACGAGUCUACGUAAUCUUCGCUCGAAACAUCGAGAUUUCGUGUUUCUUGGAAGUGACCUUCCAUGUGAUACCUGAUGCACUCAUGAUCGACAAGAUUACUUCUACACGGUUGUCUCUCUCACCGCCAGAUUGAAUCAGCGCUCUUGUACUGAUGUCGGAAGAGCCGAAGCUGUCCUUGGUCGAAAAACUUGAGCUUGCCCCUGCUUUUGUCUCCAUUGGCUUCGCCGCUUCACGUGCAGCAAUCGAGUGGCCUUUCCGUCCAGCCGCUCGUGCCGACACGUUGUACCAUCAUAUUGUCCAUGCCCUCAUUCGCAAAUCUUCAAGACGGCUCAGCGCCCGGCAAUUAAGCUGGAUCGAAGGCUCUUUUCAACAGUCUUAUGAGGACUGGUGCAAAAAGCAGUCUCUUCCCGUCAAUAUAAUCACCAUAUCCGACAAGACUAAAGGGUUCUGGCUUGGCGAUCCAUCGUCACCAGUGAUAUUGGUAUUCUUCCACGGAGGUGGUUUCAUCUUUGACGGCAACCAAGGCCACAUCCAAUUUUGGCAUUCAAUCCAAGAAGCGUUGAAAAACCGUGGGAAGUCUCUGGCGAUUCUGUUAAUCGCGUAUCCCUUGACUCCGCGAGCAGUCUUCCCAUCACAACUUGAGGAGGCCGCCAAUGCCGUCAAUUACGUCCUCCUCGACCUAGAGCGGAGCCCAUCCAAUGUCUUGCUCGGUGGCGACUCGGCCGGAGGCAACAUUGCCGCUGCAAUCGUGUACCACGCCAUGCACCCGCAUGAGUCAGUGCGACGCAUCGCACAUAUGGAUUCGAAGAACAGAUUUCGAGGAGUCGUGUUGAUCUCGCCGUGGGUGAACUUCGAUGUUUCGCUAGAAAGCUUUUACCGAAAUAGAGGCAAGGACUAUCUGCAAGCGGAAAAGGAGAAAGAAUGGAGUGAUUUGUAUGUUGGCAAGAGUAAAUCAUCAGCGUAUAGUGAGCCUGCUCUUGCUCAUCCUGACGAAUGGAAAGGCCUUGUUGCAGAUGCAGUUCUGGUCACUGCCGGGACUGACGAAGUCCUCAUUGAUGGAAUUUCAAGAUGGGUCAACGAUAUCAAGGUAUGACACUCCCUAUUGUUUGCACAGCGAGUUUUUACCAGAUGGCUGCAGGAGCACAAUUCCAAUAUCUCAUUCGUCAACGGAACGAGGGAAUCCCACGAAGCAUCACUUAUAUGGCCAAUGUUCGGUGAUCGACGUGAGACGGAGACGGGUCAUGGAGUUCAGACAUGGCUAUACGAUAGGCUAUGAGAAGGCGGAAUCUGAAAUCACCGACUUCAGACUGACUGUGGAUUGUUGAGGAUUGAGCGCCUCCAUGAGUCAUUUCGAUAGGCUCUCACCGGCCUAAGUAUGAUUGAUUGUUUUAGGUCAUACGUAAUUGGCAAGUGAUCUGGAGCCUUUCCUCCGGAAUAUGGGCCUGCAUAUGCAAAUGAGUCCCGGGCAUCAGAUGCCCCGAAGUGUCAAUCUCCUUUUCAAGUACAAGGCUAUCUGAUUUGUAGCGUCUUCUAGCUUUUUUUCC